AUGGCAAUGAGCCCAGGUCCUUUGUUCUUGAUCUUCCUGCUGGGUCUGGUUGUGAUCCCUCCAAUUCUGGCUCAAGAUGACUCCAGGUACACAAAAUUCCUGACUCAGCACUAUGAUGCCAAGCCAAAAGGCCAGGACGACAAAUACUGCGAAAGUAUGAUGAAGAGAAGAAGCCUAACCUCACCCUGCAAAGAUGUCAACACCUUUAUCCAUGACACCAAGAACAACAUCAAGGCCAUCUGUGGAGAGAAAGGAAGCCCUUAUGGACAAAACUUAAGAAUAAGCAAGUCUCGCUUCCAGGUCACCACUUGCACACACAAAGGAGGGUCUCCCCGGCCUCCAUGCGGGUACCGAGCCUCUAAAGGGUUCAGAUAUAUUGUUAUUGGCUGUGAGAAUGGCUGGCCUGUCCACUUUGAUGAGUCUUUUAUCAGUCCAUAG